AUGUCCGAAGCAAUGAUGCACCAUGCUGGCUUCAAGUUCACUCCUACAAUUCACAAUGACACUUACGACUUCAUCUCGACCAAAUCUCAAAACUUGAAAGGAAAGCGUGUGUUCCUGACGGGCGCCUCCAAGGGCAUCGGCAAGGAAACGGCUCUCUCCCUUGCUCGUGCAGGUGCCUCUAGCAUCGCACUGGGUGCUCGCAGCUCUCUCUCACAGCUAGCAAUAGAUGUGGAGAAGGCAGCCAAGGAAGCCGGCCACGAUGCUCCCAAGGUCAUCAGCAUUGAGCUGGACGUAACCAAUGUAUCGAGCACCGAGGAAGCAGCCAAGACCGUGAAGCGCGAGUUUGGUGGUCUGGACGUACUGUUCAACAACGCUGGAUACCUCGAAGACUUCAAGAAGAUGGGCGAGAGUGACCCUGACGAAUGGUGGAAGACUCAGGAAGUCAACAUCAAAGGUCCCUACCUGGUAGCUCGUGCUUUCAUUCCCGUUCUGCUCGACACCAAAGAUGGCGACAAGACUAUCAUCAACACCAGCUCUAUCGGUGCCCACGUCAUUAUGCCUGGCGCUUCUUCAUACCAGACUACCAAGCUCGCACUUCUCAGGCUUGGCGAAUUUAUCCAAGCAGAAUAUGCCGAUCAGGACAUUCUCUGUUUUGGAAUCCAUCCCGGUGGAGUGAUGACCGAAUUAGCCAGCAGAAUGCCCAAGGAGAGCCAUCAUGUGCUCUGUGAUCAACCGCAGUUGGCUGCUGAUACUGUUGCUUGGCUCAUCAACGAGAAGAGAGACUGGCUGGCUGGUAGAUACGUCAGCGUGACUUGGGACAUGAAGGAGUUCUUGGACAAGAAGGAUGAGAUCGUCAAGAAGGAUUUGCUGAAGGUCCGCAUGAUUGUGGAUUAG